CCUCGGACUCUAUUCUCAGGGGCUGCAUGGCUCGUCUCUGAGAGCCAUCGCGCUGCUGACUCGCCUUGAAUUCAUUGACCUCGAGAGCAACGCCUUUCACUGCUGCCUGCCCAAAACCUUCUCCCGCCUCCUCCACCUCACCUACCUGGACGUUUCCAAGAACCUUCUUUACGGCCCGCUGCCAGACUUCUCUCACCUGCCUCUAGAAUUCCUCUUCCUCGACCGCAACCGCCCCGCCCCCGCCCCUGCCCCUUCCCCUGCCCCUGCCUCGCUCUCUCCCCCUUCCUGUGCCCCCGCCUCUGCCCCUGCCGCUGCCCCUGACACUGCCUCACCCUCUGCCUCUGCUCCUGCUGCUGCUUUUGCCUCUGGCCCAAUUCUGAGCGGAGGGCUUACUUUCCGUGCUCCGCGUGCGCAAAGGUGGUGUGGCCUCACAGGAGGGAUUCCGGCAGGGCUGGCGAAUGUGACCACUCUGCACACCCUCGAUCUCUCAUUCAACUCCCUCUCCGGCGCCAUCCCUGCUGCCCUCACUGCGCGCCUCACUCGCCUGCUGCAUCUCGGCCUGCAGAGCAACCAGCUGUCAGGCGCCAUUCCGCCCCUCGACCAGCUGAAGCAGCUAGCAACGCUCCAGCUGGCCUUCAACCCAUUCACACCAGCGCCCCUGCCCCCCUCCAUCCCUCGUCUCACCUCCCUCGUUCUCGUCCUCGAUCUAUCCGCCACCAACCUCCGGGGUCCCCUCCCCGACCUCUCCGCUCUCGUGGGCGUCUCCGAUCUGCUCCUCGACUUCAACGGCCUUGAUGGGCCGUUGGAUCCCAAGAACUUGCCAUCUGGACGGCUAGGAUUUUUCUCAGCCCACAGCAACAACUUCUCAGGCCCAAUCGAUCCCCGCCUGGCCAUCCCCCUGGCGUCGCCCAUCUUUUCAAUCCUCGACUCGGGGCUCAUCCUCGCCAACAAUUCCUUUUCGGGCAGCCUGCCGGGCAGCCUGGGCAGGCUGGUGCAGUCAUACGUGGUUGACGUGUCGCACAACCAUUUGUCUGGCCGCAUCCCUCCUUCCUUCGGCUCUCUGUACCAGCUCACCCGUUUCCUCCUCAAUGACAAUGCAAUCACCGGCACCAUCCCCAGGGAGUUGAGCAUAGCCACCGGCCUCAGGGUGUUACGGCUCGCUGGUAACCGCCUCACCGGUACCAUUCCUGCCACUUUCACUGCGCUCACACGCCUUCAGGAACUCGACCUGAGCCGGAACUACCUCGUUGCUUCCCUCCCCGACCUCUCCUCCUCUCUGCACCGCCUCACACUCCUCAAUACCUCUCGCAACUUCCUCUCAGGGCCCCUGCCCUCCCACCUCCCUGCCUCCCUCCUCUCCCUCGAUCUCUCCAACAACGUUUUCUGGGGCAGACUGCCCGGGUCUUCGGAUUGGCUGCCUGAAAAUGCAACUGCCCGACUGCAUGGGAAUUGCCUGCAGCUGCCAUCCUGCCCUUUACUGCGUUCCCUCCUCUUCCACCCAGAGAAGGUUGACAGGAAGUGCAUUUCACUGCUUCAACAGCAGCAGCAGAAGCAGCAGCAACAGCAGCAGCAGCAGCAACAGCAGCAGCAGCAGCAACAGCAACAGCAGCAGCAUUAG